GGAAAGACAGGACGGAAGACGGCAGACAGAUAAGUUACAAUGUAGUUUAUGCAGCGUUUUGAAACAACUUUAAAUUGGUGUUUUAGUAUUUAGGUUAUUUUCUUUUAACUAGGCUACUGGGCGUAUUCCAGUCAACAAUUAUUUCAUUUCAGUUUGCUCGGUUGGUAACAGUAACGUAACACAACAGGAAGGAUUGACGUUGGUAGUGUCGGUAAAACUAACGGACUGUUGCUAGCUAACGUUAACGGUUAGUUUGCUAACGCCUGUUGUCUCACCACCAAGGCCAGGAGUCACUGCCAGCAUUGCUGCUAUUAUAAUUCGUUUUCCCCCAUCCCGGAGAUUAUUUAGCUUUUUUUCUGGUUAGCUCGUUUUCAGUUUUUUCACAACUGUUAGCGACAUUUUCUGUGGCUAGCUGAGCUAAGUUAUCGUUCAGCCAUGGGGGGGAAACGCUAACUUACGUCGCGGUGAAAACUGGUUUUCGCAUUUCAAAGUUCAUGUUUCCUGUUAUAUUGAAUCAGCUGUGGGAUAACCCAGCUGCUAUGGUGUCUGCGAUACCGCUGCACCUGCCAAGUUGAACGACAUAGGCCACAGUGAGACACCUGGUCCAGCAUGAAGGCCCUCGGAUCCAAAUUGUCCUUCUGUGCGGGUUUCGCGGUGGGAACCUUCACACUGUACGUUUUUUUUCGGCAAGUUUCGUUUGAGAGGACAUUGUCAACACAGCAGGCCAGCAGUUUUGAUAAAGUCCAAGACGACCAGCAACAGCUUGAGGAAGAGAAGACGAUAUGGAAGAAGGAGAGGUCUGCUCUUUUUAACCUGAAGCACCCUCAUCAUAUAGGGGAGAAAAGUGGCAUGGCUGACGAACUGUACAAAAAGGUACGUAUUCUUUGCUGGGUGAUGACUGGACCCAACAACCUGGAGAAGAAGGCUCGGCAUGUAAAGUCCACGUGGAGUCGCCACUGCAAUGUUGUGGUCUUCAUGAGCUCUGUGGAUGACCCUGACUUUCCUACAGUGGGCUUAGGUACAAAGGAGGGUCGGGACCAGCUGUACUGGAAAACGAUCCGGGCUUUCCAUUAUGCCUACGAACAUCAUGGCAAUGAGGCGGAUUGGUUUCUCAAGGCAGACGACGACACUUACGUAAUCGUAGACAACCUGCGCUGGAUUCUCUCGAAUCACACGCCGGAUGAGCCAAUUUACUUUGGCCGAAGAUUCAAGCCCUACACCAAGCAGGGCUACAUGAGUGGCGGUGCAGGCUAUGUGUUGAGCAAAGAGGCUUUGCGGCGAUUUGUAGAGGGAUUUAAAAACCAACUGUGCACUCACACUACCUCUGUUGAGGACCUGGCAAUGGGGCAGUGCAUGGAGAAAGUUGGGGUGCUAGCAGGGGACUCCAGAGACACUGUGCACAGGGAGACUUUUCACCCAUUUAUCCCAGAGCAGCACCUUACCGCAAAGUUUCCCAAGAGCUUCUGGUAUUGGAGCUACUGCUACUACCCCAUCUCAGAGGGUCCAAACUGUUGCUCAGACGUGUCGGUGUCAUUCCACUACGUAGAUGCUUCACACAUGUAUUUAAUGGAGUAUUACACGUAUCACCUGCGUGCCUUUGGCUACAGGUACCGUUACCAGCCACCAACCCCCCUUGGCUACAAUAUUGAGCAGUUAAGUUCCAGCGAUGCUGCAAAAGGAAAAGACGAGCUGUCUUCUAAGGAGAAAGGGCAAGUAGACGGGAAUGAUCCGUCCAGGACUGACAAGAGACAGGAUGCAGAACCCCCACCUGCUGCUGAUAAAGAUCCUCCAGCUGCUCCAGCAGGAAAAUAACAGUAUGACUGUGGGUGCAUGAAGGGACUUGAACUUAUUAGGUAGGCUGUAUGUGUAUCUGUGUGUUUGCUUAAUCAUUCUGAUAAUCUUAGCUUGUUUUGCUCACGUUGAUUCAAAAUGUCCCCACAUACAAGCACGUUGGUGAACGACUUUUACUAAUGUGAACUAUGACUGCCAGACCGGUCUUAAGGAAAGGAGAAAGAAUGUUACCCUUGUUUUUCAGGUUUGUAAGAUGUUUUUCUUUUUCUUUUACAGCCAAACGUAUUUACACGUCAGGAAAAGUUGUGUGGAGGCUGCAUUCAUUUGUAAACGAACUAAAGCACCUUUUUAAUCUUAUGGAUAUGGGAAAGUAUUUUCCAGAGAGAAGUUAAAUAAGAUUUUGCCAAUGUUUUAUAAUUUUCUUGAACAUUACAAACCCACCAAAACAACCAGAUCUACUCCUCUACAGCAAGGUAGUUCCUUGUUUGCUGGAGUGUGACUACAUUCCACACAGUUUGUAGGCUUGGAAUGUAAAGAAUAGUAAGUUGCAACGCUAGUUGCAACUUACUAUUCUUUUAUACUGGAAAAAAAGCCUGUCAUAAUUUCCUAAAGUCUUCAAACAGCUUGUUUUUUGACCAACAGUCCAAAAACAUAAACAUGAUCAAUUAAGACAAAGAAAAGCCGCAAAUCCUCUCUGAAUAGAAGCUGGACCUAUGUAAUGUUUGAGUUAUUGAAAAAAAGGCAACAAUUUAUGGAUCAUCAAAACAGUUGCCAGUCAAUUUUUUUGUUGUAAUUUUAAUUGAAUAAUCAAAAUUUUUUUCAGUUAGAUAAACAUCAUUAUGGAAGUGAAAGCAAUUUCAGCUGUUAUCUUGGAGCCUUGAUUAAGUGUUAGUGGAAUAGAAAAAGGCAACUACAUCACAUGCAUUCAUGUUUCCUUAUGGUUAAUAGACUUGAAUGGAUGUAACCAUGAUGCUUUGCAGUUCAGCCAAAGAUUUCCAUGAAGGAUGAUAACGCAACUGAUCGAUGGACAAGCCAAUAUUUGUGAUCCUGGUGACGUAAAUCUGGGUGCUUCUGAUUCAUCUGUUUUAGAUGGUGUGUACAUUCAUUUAACUGAAAACUUUCAGGAUGUUUGUCUGCAGCUUUGUGUUAGUUUGAUCUGGGGUGUGUAUUUAGUGGUUUGACACACCUUCAGCCAGACAAGGAAACAGUUAGUCAGAUAUCUUUCUUUCCUAGUAAUUAAAGGCACGAUUGUUACACCCGUGCUUCCUGGAUCUGGCACUGGACAUACACUCUUCACUUACCCUCAUCAGCUUGUGCCUUUUUAAAUUUGAGAUUGUAUGAGCCAAUAGCUGCACACAUGACUUUGCACUGUGACAUUGCCAUGAUGAGAGUGAUGCUUUCAGAUGGAGUAUAAUUUUAUUGAAUUCUGCCAAUGUAAUAAGUAUGGCCUUUGGGCAUGCCAGCAAAUUACUUUUAGUUAAUCAGUUUUUUUUUUUUUAUAUAUAUAUAUACAUAAAUAUAUAAAUUUUAGUUUCUACAAUGAUGUGUAUUUUUUAAAUUAUGGGUGGGCCAUGCCUUUUGUUUUGUAUUAGUACAUUGUGUAUAUUUAAAAGUAUUUAACAAUUCCUGUACUACUUUGAAUCCAAACAAAAAAAUAUUUUUGGGGGUGAUACAGAUAGAGAAACUGACUUCAGGAUUCAAGCAGGAUUCUGUGAUGAUUCGGACUAAACAUAUUUGUCGUUUAUGUGAAAAUUGAAUAUUGAGUGUUAUAAUUGCUGUUUUUUUUCAACCACUUAAACCUCCCUCUCUCCAAGGUAAACAGCGUAUGAGGUAACUAAUGCAAAAUGCCUUUUGUACAUGUUUAUACUCGGUUUCUUUUCUGUCUAUGAGCACAGAGAAUUUUCAGGUUUUUUUUUCUAUUCAAAUGAAAAAGUCCAGUUCAAACCAAAUCAGCAUGUUUUACAUAAUGGUUUUCUUUUGAAAUAAUUUAAAUAUGUAAAACUUUUUAGUAACAAAGGGCUUCAGUGGAGUUUGUCCUGAGGGCCCCAACACAGCUGAUAAUCAUGAAAUCUGGUUUCUAAUGCCAGUGAUUCAACACACCCAGUCCUCGACAAUCUACUCCAUUCAAAUUGUAUCUUAAAGAUAGGUGUACAGUACUGUUUUUAUAUCUGAAAUAUAUUUAUGUUAGUUGUAAAUGAAUAUUGUGUGAGUUUGUGAGCACACAUGAUCAAUGUGCAGGAUUGUUAUCAGUGAAUUGUUCUUUAAUCACUAUAAAUAAAUGCAUAUUUUAUUGU